GUCGCCUGACUGCUUGUGCGUUCUGCUGACAUUUGAGUAGUGAGCACAAAUGUAGCAAUGUGGUAGUGGGCAUGGGAAGAUGCGUUUCAUUAGUCUUGUCUUGUAAGAAGCGUUUAUUAUCAGAGUAGGCUUACCCCGUUUUGUUGUUGUUUUUCUUUUUUAUAAAGGCGCGAGCUAUCGUUGUUUUAUUAGCUUCGAAGUUUGCGUUUGCACAACUAGUAAUGAUGCUAGUUUAUGUAUUGAUCACUCCAAAUCAACUGGAUCGUUAGCUUCAUAAAUUGCGUUCCAGUAUUCUGUUACUUCGUGCUAAUUCUUUUUGGUUACCUUUUUUUUCUGGACAAAACAAUGUAAGCCACUCGCAUGCCCACAAUGGACAGAGACUUGUUGAAGCAGUGCCUGUCGUAUCAUGGAGAGUCAUUGUUGAACAAAUUGAAAUGUGAACAAACUGAAAACCCCGACUUUCAAGCCGUGGUGACUGACCUGUGCAAUGCUGCAUAUGAGGGAAAUGGUGAAGAGCGGAGCAGCCCCCUUGUGGAGCAGUUCAUAGCUAGGAAGGCUGACAUUCUUUUCAGUCCAUCAUGGAAGACUGCAACUCCUAAAGAAGAGGAGCAUGGGGAGGAGGAGGCUGCAGAGGCUUAUGCUGUCAUGCCACCCUUGGAGUUAUUCAUGGAGGUGCCUUUUGAAGAGAGAAGGGCCAUGCUUUAUAGGGAUUUAGAACGAGGAGACAUUGUGGUGGGGAGGAUCAACAAUAUUCGAGAAUAUGGCUUCUUUCUCACGCUGAUUUGCAUGGCAGGAGGGCUAAACAGAGACAUAGAAGACCUGGAGUUAUCAGCUCUUUGUCAUAUUAAAGAAAUUCCUUCAGCUGGCAGCCAUGAUGAUCCUUUGUCUUACUACCAGAUCGGGGACUUAAUCAGAGCUGGUGUGAAAGACAUUGACCGCUACCAGGAAAAAAUAACUGUGUCUCUUCUCCAAGCAUCCAUUUCUGCCAGAUCAGUUUGCAUCCAACUCGGAGUCAUGACCAAGGAGGAGUUACCUAUACACUACGAUCGUAGUGUUUGUGCAGCCAGUGACUCCACCAAGACAUAUGAGUGUAUACUGAGGGGUUGCCAUGGCUACCACAACCCCUCUGUGGUGGACUACCUGCUUGAGAACAUUGGCGUUAGCGACAUCCAUCCUCCGUCAAUGAUGAGAGGACUACAGAGUAAACUGUUUGAAAAAGAAGAUUUUGCGUCUGUCAUCCGGAAGCAGCAGUCUGCAUCCUGGGCCUUGACGUGUGUUAAGGCAGGUGUUGGCCACUUUAAACAGGGUCGCCAUGUGGAAGCCAUGAAUGAGUACAACAAAGCUUUGGACAUUGACACAAAUAAUGUGGAAGCCCUGGUAGCACGGGGAGCACUGUAUGCUAAUAAAGGCGUCAUGGUGAAGGCUAUAUCAGACUUUGAGUUGGCCCUGGAGACCUGUCCAGAUCACCGCAAUGCCAAGAAGUACCUCUGCCAAACACUGGUUGAGAGAGGAAAACAACUUGAGGAACAAGAGAAACUAGUAACAGCAGAAGGAGUGUACAGAAGAGCGCUUUCUCUGGAUGAUGCAAACCCUGAGGCCCAGGAGGCCUUGAAGAAAAUCACAGAGACCAUACAGAAUUCGAUACGCCUGCGGGAAGAAGCGCUGGCUAAGGAAGGGGAAGAGAAAGCUAAGAGCAGUCAAAGCAGUGCUGAGAAAUUGCGUAAGAUCUUAAAAGAGGAGAAGAGGAUGAAACGGAAACGAAAGAGAUCGUCCUCUUCCUCGUCAUCCUCUUCCUCCAGGAAAUCUUCCACUUCAUCGUCCUCAUCCUCUCGCAGGAGAUCCAAAAAAAAGAAAAAGAAGAAGAGGAAGGGAGUGCGAGAAAGCAAGCGCCAUCACAGGCUCUCUCGAGAGAGCAGCAGGCGGAGUGAUGAGGGUAAGCAUGUGAAAAAGAGGCAGGAGAGAGAGGAUGAGGAGUUGGAGUGGUAUCCGGCACCUCCCAAUACCUCUGCCACCUUUCUUAACCAAAAGGCAUGGGAGGGGUUCGGAGUGGUAGAUGAGGAGGAGGGAGAGACGAGCAGGAAGGGUAAAGAUGGUAAUGGUCCAAGGAUCUGUCUGUACUCUUUGUCAGCAACCUCAGAAGAUGAAGAGUGUGAGUCGCCGUCCGACAGAGGAAGGCAAACAAAGGAUAGAGAAGAGAGGAGAAGGAAAAGUAGUAGCAUAAGUUCAGACAGAGAAGAUGGGAGAACUAAGAGCUGGGAAAGUAGUCAAAGGAGCAACAAAAGAGGGAAUGAGGAUACAAGAAAGACCAGUGGACCCGAUAGAAGUAGCUUAGAUGAGAGGAAGCGCAAAGCAUCCUGCUCGUCAUCCGAGUCAGUGUAUUCCAGAAAAUCGUUUCAAAGUAAAGAUUUUUCCACACGGAAUUCCUUUAGAGGUGAUGAAGAUGAAACACAGAAGGAGAAGGACAUAAGUAAGGGAAAAGCUGAAGAAGAGAGACCAGGUUGGAGUAAGUCAGAUGCAGCUGAAAUCCAAGAUGAGCUGGAUGGGGAGAUCUCGGUACCAGAAGGAAAGGCUAAAAAAGACCUUCCUGCAAACCUGUUAGAUAUCUUUAACCAGAUUGCCAAGUUUCAGAAAGAGAAAGGCAUUGGACCAAAAAAGUAACAAGUUUCCAUUUGAAAAUGGAAUAUCAAUUAGGAAGGUGUAGGAAUGUCAUGUUCAACUGUAAUGGAAAGAACACAUUGCACGUUUUCUUUUCUUUUUUUUCCAUCUCGUGUUCAAUUAAUAAAGCACAGACGUUAAUAAAAAGGUUUUUUUUUUUUUUUUUUUUUUUUAAAUACAGUACACCCAAUGAUGGGUUGACCACAGUCUCUUCCAACACUGGAAGAGAGGAGCAACUGUUGUGAAAGAAAGAGAGUGAAAGAACUGCUGUCAUCUGUGGCCUUAGAGCUGGCACACAUAUUGUUAGGGUCAGGUGUAAUCCUCCAUCUACAUCUCUCACUUAUCAGGAAACAAACAAACAAAAAAACAAAAAACAGCAUGUUUGUUGCACCAUGAACAUUGCACCGUCAAAGAAAGCAAGCCAUUUACAACACUUGAAAUGGGUCAAUAAUUGUACAAAUAACAAACACUUUUGGAGAUUGACCAAUAGUAUAUAUUUGUGAAAAAAUAUGAAAUCGACCAAAUUUGGACAUUGGAAGUUUCCGCCUGCUGCCAAUCAUAUGGAAGAAACCCAGUGAUUGGCGGACCAAGGAAUAAGCAGGGAUAUGCCUGUCAAAGACACAAAAACUUGCAGGUACUGUAUACAGUACCUUUCAGCAUGAAUGGUGCCUUCAAUUUGUGCCGUGGAGACUGAGUUGAACUUGUGCUUUGCACACCUUUCAACUUGUAUCUGUUUUAAAAUAAAAGUAUAUAGGAAACUAUUGCAUGUGGUUCUCGUACUUUGUUUUUGAAAGGAUGUGAAUGGUUGUCUACAUGUGCCCUACGAUUGGUUGGCGAGGAGUCCAGUGUGUACCCUGCCUCUCGCCCAAAGUUAGCUGGGAUAAGCGCCAGCUCACCCGUGACCCUAGUGAGGAUAAGCAAUACAGAGAAUCAUGGAUUGGCAUCACUUAGUGCAUUCAUUAAUUUUUUAUGUUUGAUAUUUGUGCGUCGUGAUUAUUUCUUCCCUGAGAGCAACUGUUGUGAAAUAUAGGACAAUUUGAAUAAAGUCUUACAUGAAUAGUUUGGGAGUACUGUGUAUUGUUUUUACAUUGUUGUGUAUAUAUAUAUAUAUAUAUAUAUAUAUAUAUAUAAUAAAAGCUGCAACAGACUUGUUGUUUACCCUCAUAUAUUAAGUAUCGUAAUGUAGGUCAGCCAGCCUAACAGCACAGGUCAAAUGUUUGUGCACCCUUUCCCAUGAUAUUGAAUGUGUCAGGGUGUGUUAAAAUUUGACUGUUACUGUGACUCUGCACGUGUCUGCAUGGAUUAUUUUGCAAAACCGUGUGAUUGUUUUUUUGUUAGCAAGAUUAUAAAAAAAAAAAUAAAAAAAACAUGCCAUUUCUGUGAAACAUUGUGUAAGGAUAGGCCACGUGAACUCAUUGUUUUGGUGAGGAUCCAACUAAAGGUGCGAACGUGAUCAUUUGCAGUCUUUUCCCCAACGAUGGUGCAACAGUGCUGAAAACCUGAGUCAUGACGGAACUUCUUUGUGGAUGUUUCUAGUGACUAUCAAGAGUUCUAAAAUUUCACUUGGAUUUUGAAGAUGUGUUCUCCCUUCUGGCGCAGCAUGUGUGGAAGAAUCCUUUUCAAGCAGAAUAUUGAUCUGAAUAAGCAUGGAAUUGAGACUGUUUGAAGUGUAGGAGGCACCGAAUGCUCUGCAUGUGCCCCAUCCCGUUCUGUGUCAGCAGGCCUAAACAUCUCACAAGAUUGUGCUUUCAGAGGUUAGAAAUGCAAAGGGCAGCAGCACACCACAUUGGUCUGAUGUGGGGGCUAGUUCAACCAAAUUCGAUCAAGCUGAACCUUUUUAAUCCUAUUUCACAGUCAUGCAGAUACUGUAAGUCUGCAAUUAACCACUUGUGCAUUCACACUUAAAAUGCAGGUGAACUGGUUGCUUACCUUUAAUCUUUUCUUUCUGUUCUCUGGACAGAGUUUCAGGUAUUUGAUAUCAGAGGGUGUAUUCUGAGAAACCAGAACAGAUUUUCUGGUCAGGUAUGUCACUGCUUUUCAAUGCAGUGGUAACCUCGGCCGAACUAUUACACUUUUUAACCACUUAGUAAAGAUUCCCACGCUUUGUACACAACAGCAAUUUACAUGAUGCCAAUGAUUAAAAUGGAAAUUGUGCAUUCAUUUGUGACAAAUUACAGAUGGGACAGCAGUGAAGGCAUCUUAAAGGAAUGUUGAUGGGUUUACUUUUUGAAGGCCUUUCCAUUUUGUACUGUAUAUGUAUCAUAGCUACAGUAUAUUAAAAUUAUUGCCCAAACAUUUGUACACCA